GUAUCAAUUGAUUAUGAUGAAAUGUUUGAUGCAAUAUCAAAAAACGAAACUGAUACUUCAAAACGAGAUCUAUCCCAGAACUCAGUUGCUUCUCAAAUUACUGAUGAGAAAGAUGGCAAUGUAUCAGAGACAUAUAGCAGAAGUUCUCAGGUGUUUGACAUUUCUGAUAAAGAGCUUGAGUAUUCUAUGAAUAAAUCAAGAUAUGAAGGAGCUUGGGGGGUUGAUUUUGGUGGUAUUUCAGUCAUUGACAAUGAUUUGUCUUUACAUAAUCCUGGGAAUAUUGAAAAGGGAACUAGCGAAUCUAUAAACAGAUCUACAAAUGAUAGCUUCUUGCCUGCAGUUGACAUUAAAAGCAGUAUGAUUAAACCAAAGAAGGAAUGUAUAUUAAAGACACCAAAUAUGUUACCUAAAAAUGAACUAGCUACUCCAUUGAAGGCAUUUACAAAUGAUAAUGCAUUUACAGUAGACACACCUACUAGUAGUGAGUAUAUUCUGAAGACUGACCAGGUGACUCCGAUGCUAGAUUUUGCAGCAAUGUCUACACCAGACAGGAAUAGAGAAUUAGACAAAUAUGGACUUAAGCCUUUUAAGAGAAAAAGAGCUAUUCAACUACUGACCCACCUGUACAAUCAAACUCAUCCCGUUGUAGAAUCCUGUCAAGAGGAGCUACCUUCUCCUUCCAAAAGACGGAAAACCAGCCAAGAAUCGCCUAAAAAUCACAAAUCUCCAAGAAAAUCACCAAGAAAAAUGUUGAAAUCGCCGACAAAAAAAUCUCAAGCAGUAGACAAUUUAAACGAUUGCAGUAAAGACAGUAAUGUGUAUGAAGUGACUAAUGAAGUUCCAGAAAUAAAAGCAAUCUUGUGUUCAGAAGAAGACUGGGUCUUUCAGAAACGGGAAAAGGCUAAGGUGCACUCCUGCCGUGUUCCAUUGCAUAUAUCGCUUCACAACUACGUGUCGUGUAGACGAAAACUAUAUGAGGCUAUAUUGCGUUACGAGCCCGUUAACAUUGACGUUAUACAUAAGGAGUUGGUGGCCAGCGGACAUCGCUACGAUCCAAAGGAUCUUUUGAGGUACUUGGACAAGAAAUGCAUAACCGUUAAAACAGCUGACAACAACGCAAGGAGUAAAAGAUAAUUAAGUUGAACAUAAAUCAUGAUAAUAUUUAUGUAAAUAUUAAAAUUAAACUAGUAAAUAAAAAUGUAUUUUUUACUUUA